AUGGCAGCCGCAAUCGAUGCAGGUGUUGGUAAAGUUCGUCGACCUGAACUUUCAAAUAAAAUAGAUGUUGAAGUUAGUAUUAAUGAUGCUAUAUUACUCACUACUGAUGAUGGUGUACUAACAGCUCUCGAUGAUAGAACGUUACGUAUUUGGUUACGACGACAAACAGGAAAAUAUUGGCCAUCUGUUUGUUAUACAUUAGAUAGUGCACCAACUGCACUUAGUUAUCAUGAAACAUCACAUCGUCUUUUUUGUGGUUGUGAUUCAGGCCUUAUUCAUGAAUUUCUUGUUGCUGAUGAUUUUAAUAAAAUAACAUUACAAUGUACUUAUUUAGGUCAUCAAAGUCGUAUACAUGCAUUAUAUUUUGCAUCUCGUAGUGAAUUAUUAUUAAGUGUAUGUCGUGAAAAAAAAUUUAAUUGGUUUUCGACAAAUCCAGCCGAUGAAAAACAUCAAUAUAUACAAGGAAGUUAUACAUUAACAUCAUGGGGUAUGUCAAUAACAAUGGAUGAAACAUCUCGACAAUGUUUUAUUGGUGAUUCAAAUGGUAUUAUACAUUUUCUUAAAAUAGAUACUGAUAAUAAAUGUCAAUUAAAUACAACAUUAAAUGGUCAUACAGGAAGUGUUCAAAAUCUUUUAUGGGAUGCUGAUUCUGAAUGGUUAUUUUCGGGUAGUUUUGAUACAUCAGUUGUUGUUUGGGAUGUUGGAACACAUCAAGGUCUUGCUGUUGAAUUAAAUGGUCAUUUAGAUCGUUUAGUUGGAAUAUCUUAUGAUAAUUUACGUAAACUUUUAAUAACAUGUUCAGCUGAUGGUCAUAUUGGUGUAUGGCCAAUGAAUGUUAAACGCAAUGAAACACCUAAAUGGCUUGAAAAUGAUUCUUGUCAGAUAUGUCAAAUGCCAUUUUUUUGGAAUUUACGUGCAAUGUGGACACAAAAACAGAUUGGAUUAAGACAACAUCAUUGUCGUAAAUGUGGUCGAGCUGUAUGUGAUAAAUGUUCUCAAACACGUAAAGCUCUUCCAUUAUUAGGUUAUGAAACAAUUCAACGUAUUUGUAAUGAUUGUGUGCAAACAUUAAAAAAUGAUGAAACGGUACCACUGGCUUCAUUUUAUGAUAUACGUCAAGGUACAAUUCGAAUGGAUUAUAAUCAAGGAAAAAAAGUUAUGAUGACUGUUGGUACUGAUCGAACAAUUAAAAUUUGGGAUAUGUCAUCAGUUGUGUGA